AUGAGUUUAACCAUGAUAGAUUUGGGAGUUUCAUUUCUGAGGUUGAUCACAAGCCCUGAUGCUUCUGGUGUAUCUAUUCUUGGAUGGCUAAUCACUGGAUCAUUUGGACUAAUGGCAGUCAUAUAUGCUGUUCUCAAGUGGCAGCGAAGAUCCUCGCUGAAUUGGAUUAAAGCUGCAGCAAGAGAAAAGAAGAAAGUUUGGAAAAAGUUUAAAGUACCAUUGUCAGAUCAUUCUUGGGUUGAAGAUUUUACUUACAGGGAACAGCCAUCCACUUGUUGUUUCUGCUUGACUUCCCUUUGGCCUUCUCAAAAUUUAGGUACAAUAGCCUCACCGCAUACCCCUCUACAUCAUUGCUCCGUUUGUGGUGUCGCAGCUCAUUUCCUUUGUUCUCAGUUUGCAGCAAAGGAUUGCAAAUGUGUGGCUCAGGCUGGUUUUGGCCAUAUUCGGCACCACUGGUCAGAAAGAUGGGUUAAUGUGGAUGAAAAUCACGAUAUGUCAACCUUCUGUUUUUACUGUGAUGAGCCAUGUGGUGUUCCAUUUGUUAAAGCUUCUCCCACAUGGCAUUGCCAGUGGUGUCAGCGCCUCAUUCAUGUUAGAUGUCAUAACAAAUUAACUAAAGAUUCCGGUGACCUUUGUGAUUUGGGUCCUUUGAGGCGAAUUAUCCUUUCUCCUCUCUGUGUUAAAGAAGUUGAUGAAGAUCAUAAAGGAGGAAGUAGACUAAGUUCUAUUAUAACCUCUUCUGUUAAUGGCCAGAUUAGAAAGCGACGUCAUCGCCAUAAACAUGGAGGUGGUUACAAUGCUGAUGGUAAGUCACGUGGUUCCUCAGUUACUGAUGCAACACUUUUGGAAUAUGUGUUGAAUGGUCUCAACUGGAAUAAGUCCAGUAAUGAAAAGUGUUUUGAUCAAUUGAGUAAUGGUAGAGUAUUAGGAAACAGGUUAACUUCUAACCAUAGCAACAUCAAGAAAUACACAUUGGUUGAUUUGCCGCAAGAUGCUAGCCCACUUUUGGUCUUCAUAAAUGCCAGGAGUGGUGGUCAGCUUGGGCCUUCUCUUCAUAGGAGAUUGAAUAUGCUAUUAAAUCCUGUUCAGAUCUUUGAAUUGAGUGCUUCUCAAGGCCCUGAAGUAGGCCUGGAAUUUUUCAAAAGUGUCCGAUAUUUUAGAGUACUGGUAUGUGGUGGGGAUGGCACUGUUGCAUGGGUCCUUGAUGCUAUAGAAAGACAUGGUUACGAGUCACCUCCACCUGUGGCAAUUUUCCCCCUCGGCACUGGAAAUGAUUUGUCAAGGGUACUGAAUUGGGGAAGAGGCUUCUCUACCCUUGUUGGAGAGGGCGGAUUGACCAUGUUUUUGCAUGACAUUAGCAAUGCAGCAGUUACAAUGCUAGAUUGCUGGAAAGUUAAAAUCUCUGUAGAAAGCUCUGAAGGAAAAUCAAAUAAAGUGAAAACUAAGUCCAUGAUGAACUAUCUAGGCAUUGGAUGUGAUGCAAAGGUUGCAUAUAAAUUUCAUGUUACUCGACAAAUAAAUCCUGAAAAGUUUUCUAGUCAGUUUUUGAAUAAAUUGCGAUAUGCAAAAGAAGGAGCAAGAGAUAUUAUGGACAGAACAUGUGCUGACUUGCCAUGGCAAGUAUGGCUUGAAGUUGAUGGGAGAGACAUUGAGAUUCCCAAGGAUUCUGAGGGCUUAAUUGUGCUCAAUAUCGGGAGCUAUAUGGGUGGAGUAGAUCUUUGGCAAAAUGGUUAUGAGCAUGAUGAUGAUUUUAGUCUGCAAUCCAUGCAUGAUAAAAUGCUGGAGAUGGUAUGUGUAUGUGGAGCAUGGCACCUAGGAAAACUUCAGGUUGGACUUUCACAAGCAAGAAGACUUGCUCAAGGUAAAGUCAUCAAGAUACACUGCUCCAGCCCCUUCCCAGUUCAAAUUGAUGGGGAGCCUUUUAUCCUACAACCAGGAUGCCUAGAAAUUACUCAUCGCGGACAGGCAUUCAUGACGAGGAAGACUUCAGAAGAUGAGCCGAAAGGAAGAGCAGCUGCAAUUAUGACAGAGGUACUACUAGAUGCCGAGUGCAAGGGCAUUAUAAAUGCAUCUCAGAAGAAAGUUCUUCUCCAGGAUAUGGCCAUCAAUCUUUCAUAA